GGCGCGGCCGAGAUUUCGGGUCUGCGCGGGCUCUGGCCGCUCCCCGGCCUUGGCGGCGCGGCGCUCGGAGACAGUGGGACUGUGAUUUGUCAGCCUUCAUACAAUCAAUAGGAAAAAUGCCAAGUUCCAAAAGUAGCUCUGUGCCUUCAAAUAAUGAUAUUAAAAGUGAUGUUUCAAACCUGAGUGAACUGACAGUUUCAAAUGAGAGGGAGUUUGCCGAAAACAGUACAACAAGCCUGACUGAAAAGACUGGCUAUUGUGAUUCUGUAUACAUAAAUGCAGCUAAUAUUUUCCAAGGCAUUCAUAAUGAAAAGCCUCAGGAUAAAAUAUUGAUAAGUUAUGGUAAUGAACCACUACCAGCCCUGCCGAUCUUCAGGGAUGAAUGUUCCCAGCGUGCAUCUUAUGAACUGGCUUUCAGUGCUCUAAAGUAUCAAGAUCUUCUUGAGAACAUAUUGAUAGAUAGCUGCUUCUACCCGUGUCAGUCAAUUUCAGAUGAAUUGACUAGUUUAGUUGUUGUCAUGCUGUAUGACUUCCAAUAUCGAAAGUUCCAAGCCCGACAGAUUUCUGAUGAAGAGGAGCCAAUAGCUGAAGUCCAAGAAGUAGAGCAUUAUCUAUACAGUUUUAAGACUAAAUUGGCUGCUGCACUGGCAAGAUGUCGAAUUAAACACGAUGCUCUUUCAAUUGAACAUAUUCUACCAGAAACUAUACGGAAACAGGAAAAAAGGGCUUCUGCUUUACCUUUGUAUGCUUGGAUAAAUGCUCUUAAAAUCAGCCCUGAAGAAGUUUAUAGAAGUUUAACAAAAGAAGGAUUUACCAGAGUUGACUCUAUAUCAGAUUUGGAGGGUUAUACAUAUUGUCUGGACAAACACUGCCAGGAUGUGGUGGUGUUUCCUUCCUUUCUUAAAGAAGAACUACUCAGCUUGGAGCUUUUCACAGAUUACAAACUCUUAAUACAGGAUAAAUCUCGCAGCCUUGCUGUACAUUCUGUGAAAGCCUUAUUGAACACGGAUGACGACAUCAUAGUGGCUCAUAUGGGUUCCUGGUUGACUGUUGCCCAUAUAUCAGUGCUGACAAAUCAGAGCACAUCUAAAGUAUUUGUAUGUGGAGUAAAAUCACAGGCAAAGGGAGCUGAGCUGAAGGACAUGUUCAGAUGCCUGGACUGUAAAAAUACUGUGCUACUAUGUGAGGAUUUUACAGAGAUUGAACCAACAGAUUACAGACUGCAAAAAGCAAAAGUUAUUCUGUUGCUACCUCGAUGUUCAGGACUGGGUGUUAGUAACCCAAUAGAAUUUAUUCUAAAUGAACAUGAAGAUGCAGGAUUGUUUAAAGACCUUUUCCAAGGAUCUGUAGCUGAAGAUAAACUUGGUGUUCUCGCUGAGCAGCAAUUUAAGGAGUUAGUGCAUGCUAUGCAGUUUAAUAAAGUGCAAGCCAUUGUCUAUUGCACUUGUUCAAUUUACAAAGAGGAAAAUGAAGAAGUAGUGAACAAAGCUCUAGAAUAUGGAGUGGAAGGAGGUAAAGUACAACCUUACAGGCUUAGUCCACCUGUUCUUCCUCUCUGCUGCAACUCAGAGAUCUCUUCUGAUUCGUUCUUCAAAAUGGAGCCAUCUGAGAUUUCCAAUUGUUGUUUCUUAGCAGUCCUAGCAAGAGAGAAGGACCCAUCUGAGUCUGUAUCUGUUAAAGACAUUUUGGCUCGUGCUGCAGCCAAAGGACUAUUAGAAGGCAUUGAAAUAGAAAAACCCUCAAAGAAAGAAGAGAAAAAGAAGAAGAAAUCAAAAGUAGUGCAGCAAAGAAACAUGCGUAAAGAUAUCUCAGCACAAACAAAAAUUGCAGAAUUCUUGGGCCGAGAGAUGGUAUCUGUUAAAUCUAAUUCUGAAAUUUCAGUAUCAAAAGCAAUUAGUAAUUCUGAGAAAAACAAUCUGAGCCAAACAAACAGUUCUGUUCAAGGGAAGAAACUGACCAAACCUGUCUCAAACUCCUCCCUGCCUAGGAUGUUGAAGAACAUACCUAAUCCAUCAACUAUGAAUAAAGUGCUUGAGAAACGGACAAAUAUUAAGCCACGGGCAGAAGAUAAAAUGGUUGUACUAAAACCUGUAGAGAUAGUUCUGCCUCCAGUAAUGGUGCCAUACUUCAACCCACAAGGCAACAAAUCCAGAAUUGCAGCUCACCAUUAUUACUAUCACUGGAUUGGAAUAAAGAGCUCAACACAUGGCUUGCUUGUACCGUCUGUGUCAAAAAGACUGAUGAAAUCGAAAGAAACAUUACCUUCAGCUGUGAUUAAACAUCCUCAACCAUGGCUUUGAAGAUGGUCUCCUGUUACCGGACAAAGGAAGUGUCCAAUGCUGUUGAACGGCAUUUCCCAAGAAGUGUACCAGUUUCCAAAUAUCAUGGACCAGUGACAAGAGAGACGAGACAUUUUAUGCAGCUAAAUUUAUUCUCACAACAGAUUACAUUUAAUGUGUAAAAGUGGUCAACAGCAACAAAAAAAAAAUCCUUUUCAGAUUCAGUCAGCUGCUUUAUGUAACACUGAACUCUGAUAAACAGUGGGUGUGUUUUCCUUUCUCUUUUGCAAAUAUUAAAAUAAAUCAAACCUACUUCUGCUGACUGUACAGCACAGGUUUUAGCAAUGUAUUAAGAUAACUAAGGCUGCCACAUAAAGGAGUAAUGGUACUAAGGUGUGGGCUCUAACGCUUGAGCCAAUAUCAGCUGUUGAAAUAAGAAUAGCUCCAUUUUCCACAAGUGAUUUACUAACACUUUCAUAUCCCUGCUUCAAUGAUUUAUGGAACAUUUGAUACAAUUAAAA